AUGAAAAUUAAAGUUCAUACACAAAAAUGGAAUUGGAAUUGGAAAACAUUAAAAGUUUGGAUGGAUUGCCCGAUUGCGCCAAGCUGAAAUUAAGCGAGAUUGAUCCCAUAUCACGGACUUCAAAAUGCGAUAACAAUAAACAAGAGAUUUUCCAUGUCGAUGAGGAGGUUAGCUUUUCCCAUUUAGACGAGGAGGAGGAGGAACUGGAACUCGAUCUUACUGAAGAUGUCACUGACGAUGAAGAUCGGGCAGGAAAGGCGGUUUACGAAAUUGAUUGCCUGAUUCGCCAGAUUGAGCUAAUGCAGAUGGCGAUUAGGAGUCGUCAGGUUGGGAAAAGUAGCGAAAAAAUUAGUGAAGAAUCUGUAGAAUCUCCAAUGGAACAGUUAACCAAGGCUCAGACUAAGUGCAAGAAGUUUGAAAGUCAGGAAAAGGAACCUCAAGCCAAGGAAAAGUCUAAAACUAAAGAACCCAAAAUCCAACCUCUAACCGACCAGGAACUUUUGGAAGCCAGAAGCCUUCGUCAAGCCCAUCAUCGCCUUCAACAAGAAAUAGACGAACUGAUCUGCAGAUACCGAAAGCUUCGUGAAAUUAUCCAUCAACUACGUGGGAAUAUCACCUGCAUGGAAAACAAUCUAAAGAAUAUUAGUUCUAAAACCGAAGAGCACCUCGCUUGGGCACAGGAAUUUUCCAAGGAAAUGCAUGUCUGCAAGGAGCGAUACAUCUACUUAAUCCAUGCCAAAAUGUCAAAAAGGGAGGCAAUAAAAACUGAAAAUGUUCAUGCGGUCCGUUUCGCCAGAUUUUAUAAAGCGUAUUUAAAAAAAAGUCGCCUCAAAUGUGAAAUACUCGAGUUCUGUGAGGAAGUGAACGAUCUUGUGGUUCUAAUGACUGAACUGCACCAAGAACUGGAACGAAAUAUGAGUCUAUUCGAAACACAACGCAUUAGUAAGCCGAAUCCAGCUGAAUUUCUUAUGUCCAUUGACGCGGCGGCUAAAUCAAAUAAUAAGUUUCUGGAGUCUGUAAUGAAGCUUGAAGACGCUGAAAAUAAAAAGAAAUAA